AUGGCUACUGAGCUCUUAUUUGGCUCUGACUGUUCACUUUCUCCCAAGCUGUCCCCCUACCCCUCAGGUUCUCCAAUAAUUCACUUCUCCCUGGUGGAAGAAAUUCCGUACCUUCCUGAUGUAAAGGAGAGUCUGUUGUAUAAGCCUGACAUUUUACAGUCCCCAAAGUCACCUUCUCGAGUAGCUUACCUGCGUGAGAGGUCGACCAAGAGGCAUAUUCCAUACCCCUCCAGGCCAUCUCCACUAGAACUUCGGUUUGCCAACCGCGUGACAGGGCGAGUACGGGAACCAGACUUCACAUCUGAACAACUGCAAGAGAAAUUCGCAAAUUCUCACAUGAUCUAUGUCCAAAAGCAUGAGGACGCAAUAUCCAGCGGUCUCUCACGGAUGAGCUUUGACACCUUGUACAAAGUGUUCAAGGCAGUACUCGCUAGUCACGAGGCUGCUCGCCAUGAGGUGGCGACAUCAUUAUGGCAGGUCGAAUACUCAGAGCGCAUGACAGUGUUUAAUCAGGCGCUCCAUGAGGAGAACAAAAACCACCUCAAUUUGAGGGACGAACAGCUGAAGAAGAUUAGGAACAUUUUUUCUGAGCAUGAACGCACAGAAAUCGACGAUGACACGAAUUACAUUCAAGCUGUCUACAACGAUGAAUGCGAGAUGCUUCGCACCAUCACCACCCAAGCAGAGAUAAUCUCAAAAUGCCUGGGAUCACGUGCCAAACGUGAAUUAUUAGCGUCUACCGGCGAAGUUCCCUACCUCCCUUGUUUCGUUGGUGCCUCACAAAACAGGGACAACAUCACAUAUGUGCUGCGUGGUGGUUUCACGGAUGCCGGUACCGAUACCGAUACCGACUCCGAUAUCGAUUUCGGCGAAGAGGAGGAUCGUCGCAGCGGUGUAGAAACAACAAUACAGAGAGGAACAAAUGAAGCUCCUGACUGUCGUGCGUUGCCUAGUCUGCGUUACUUGAGGAGACAAGCACGUUCGACCCUAAAGGGAAGCGAGUGCAGUGAAGAUCUAGAGGUACGCGCUGAAGCGAGGCACGAGAAAGCACAGUGGGUGGUACUCAAGUCAAAAGUAAAGUUGGGUGAAAAAAUGGAAAUAUACGCACUAGAGGGCUUGGUGGACAGUGGAUGGAUGCUUCUGGAUGGCUGGCGCUAUAGGGCGCUCAAGCACGGGAAUGCGCGCAUGGCACGCAUUGCGCAGGAAAGCUGCGCCUCAUAUAGGAAUAGCUGUGGACAGUACACAGAGUGGUGCUGCGAGUUUGUGCUGUCUACUCCCUAG